AUGAACAGCGAUCUACACCGUUUCGCAGUCUCAACUCGCUUCAGCGGGUUCCCAAAAUCCUUCUCUCUGAGAAAGAAGGUGCCAUGGUGGUACCAAAUCCUUGAUCCAAGGUCAAAGUUCGUGGCGAGAUGGAACCGCACGUUUCUCUACGCGUGCGUUGCGGCUCUGUUCUUAGACCCUCUAUAUUUCUAUUUCCCCAUAACGGGUGACAAAGCGUGCAUGCAAACCGACUUGGUCCUUGGCGUCUUCGUCACCUUCUCUCGCACCGUCGCUGACCUCUUCUUUCUCUUCCACAUGGUUCUUAAGUUCCGCACCGCUUUCGUUUCCCCUACCUCUCGCGUUUAUGGUCGCAAAGAACUCGUCACUGAUCCUCGUGCUAUUGCCUCCCGCUACCUCAAACAUGAUUUCAUUGUUGAUCUCUCCGCCACCCUUCCUCUGCCUCAGAUUGUGAUCUGGUUCGUGAUUCCAGCAGUGAAAACCUCAACCGCGGCUCACGUAAAUCACACCCUGUCCUUGAUUGUUCUGAUACAGUUCAUUCCUCGGUUGUUUCAGAUUUUUCCCCUGCAAAGGAGAAUCUUGAAAACUAGUGGGCUUAUUACCAAAACUGCCUUGGCGGGGGCUGUACACAAUCUUGGGCUCUACAUGCUAGCCAGCCAUGUUUUAGGAGCUUCAUGGUAUGUAUCAUCGAUUCAGCGCCAAUACGAGUGUUGGAGAAUAAUUUGCAGAAGAGAGAUGAACAGAACGCACUCACCAUCUUGUAAUCCUUCGUUUCUCGACUGUGCGAGCUUGGACAACCAUGAACGACAAGUAUGGUUCAGACGCACGAGAGUUCUCAGUGAUUGCGAUGCCCUCAAUGAUAAGAACCAAUUUCAGUUUGGAUUGUUUGCCGAUGCUUUCACUGAUCAUGUCUCUUCAUCGAGAUUCUUCCAAAAAUACUUUUACUGCCUCUGGUGGGGUUUGAAGAAUCUAAGUUCAUAUGGACAAAAUCUUCAGACGAGCACGUAUAGUGGUGAAACAUUAUUUUCAAGUUUCAUCUGCAUCGCGGGUCUAAUUCUAUUUGCGCAUCUUAUAGGUAACAUGCAGAAUUAUCUGCAAUCAACAACUGCGAGAGUUGAAGAGUGGAGACUGAAACAAAAGGAUACAGAAGAGUGGAUGAAUCACCGGCAACUUCCACCAGAACUGCAACAACGUGUUCGUCGAUUUGUUCAAUAUAAAUGGCUUGCAACAAGAGGUGUAGACGAAGAAUCCAUUUUGCGCGCUUUGCCUUUGGACCUUCGACGCCAGAUUCAGAGACAUCUCUGUCUUGACAUCGUUCGUCGGGUUCCGUUUUUUGGUCAAAUGGAUGACCAGCUCCUAGAUGCUAUAUGUGAACGCCUUGUUUCAUCCUUGAACACAAAAGACACAUACAUAGUCCGCGAAGGUGAUCCAGUUAAAGAAAUGCUUUUCAUCAUUAGAGGACAAGUGGAGAGCUCAACAACCGAUGGUGGAAGAUCAGGAUUCUUCAACUCCAUCACCCUAAGACCCGGUGACUUUUGUGGUGAAGAGUUGCUAACAUGGGCAUUGAUGGCAACUUCAAGUCUUAACCUUCCAUCUUCCACUAGAACAGUUAAGACGCUCACUGAAGUUGAAGCAUUUGCACUAAGAGCUGAGGACCUCAAAUUUGUGGCAAGUCAAUUUAAGCGCCUCCACAGCAAAAAACUUCAACAUGCUUUUAGGUACUAUUCCCAUCAGUGGAGGGCUUGGGGUGCUUGCUUUAUACAAGCUGCUUGGAGGCGCCACCGCAAGAGAAAAAUGGCAAUGGAGUUGUUGGAAAAAGAGAACUUGUAUUACACAAAUGUGAUGGAGAUAGAAGAAGAUGAGGAGGAAAUUGGUGCUGGAGAGAGUUCAACUGGGGACAGUACAAGCUAUGCCCAGAAUCUUGGGGCUACGGUUUUGGCUUCCAAAUUUGCUGCAAACACAAGAAAAGGGGCAUUUAAGAAAGUUAUGAUUGCUGAUGAUAGAAGUUUGAAGAUGCCCAAGAUGUUCAAGCCAGCGGAACCUGAUUUCUCAACAUUUCAUGAAGAUUAG